CCUUUAGAUGGGCUUUGGGUAGCAUGCCAUCUCAAUCGUUCCUGUUCUUCUUCUUCUUCUUCUUCCUCUUCUAUCCAACCCUGCUUCUGGUAAUUUCUUCUUCUACAAUCCAUCUCCGUUUUUCGCCGCUCCAACUUCCCGCCUGAUCAGAUUCUUGAAAAUGGGUAGUUAUGCUAAACCUGAGAAUGCUUUGAAGCGUGCAGAAGAGUUUAUCAAUGUUGGUCAAAAGCAAGAAGCCCUGCAGAGUCUUCAUAGUCUUAUCACCUCCAGGAGGUACAGGGCAUGGCAAAAGCCGCUUGAGAGAAUCAUGUUCAAGGUUGUGGAGCUGUGUGUGGAUUUGAGAAGUGGAAGAUUUGCCAAAGAUGCUCUCAUUCAAUAUCGAAUUUCCUGCCAGCAAGUUAACAUUAACUCAUUAGAGGAGGUGAUAAAACUUUUUUUGCAUCUUGCCACCGAGAGAGCUGAAUUGGCACGCACCCAAGCCCAGGCACUAGAGGAAGCUUUGGAUGUGGAUGAUUUGGAGGCAGAUAAGAGGCCUGAAGAUUUGAUGCUGAGUUGCGUCAGUGGAGAGAAGGGUAAAGACCGAUCUGAUCGUGAGCUUGUCACUCCUUGGUUUAAAUUUUUAUGGGAGACAUAUAGAACUGUGCUUGAAAUCUUGCGAAACAAUUCCAGGCUUGAGGCUUUGUAUGCUAUGACAGCGCACCGGGCCUUCCAGUUUUGCAAGCAGUACAAACGGACAACAGAGUUUCGUCGUCUUUGUGAAAUCAUUAGAAACCAUCUUGCAAACCUAAACAAGUACAAAGAUCAGAGGGACCGUCCUGAUCUUUCUGCUCCAGAAAGUUUGCAGUUAUACCUGGACACUAGAUUUGAGCAGCUAAAAGUUGCAACUGAACUUUGUCUGUGGCAGGAAGCUUUUCGCUCCAUUGAAGACAUUUAUGGAUUGAUGUGUCUUGUUAAGAAAAUCCCUAAAACAUCGUUGUUGGCUAUUUACUAUGCUAAGCUUACUGAGAUAUUUUGGAUAUCAUCCAAUCAUCUCUAUCAUGCUUAUGCAUGGCUCAAGCUUUUCUCCCUCCAAAAAAGCUUCAGUAAGAACAUUAGCCAAAAAGAUUUGCAGUUGAUAGCAUCAUCUGUUGUCUUAGCAGCACUUUCAGUGCCACCAUACGAUCAUUUAUAUGGUGCAUCUCAUUUGGAGCUUGAAAAUGAGAAAGAGAGGAGUUUUCGGUUGGCUAAUUUGAUAGGAUUUGAUGUGGAACCAAAAGCCGAGAGCAGAGAAGUGCUCUCCCGUUCUUCUCUUCUUUCAGAUUUGGUUUCCAAAGGUGUAAUGACAUGCGCUACUCAGGAAGUGAAAGAUCUUUACCACGUCCUCGAGAAUGAAUUUCUUCCUUUGGAUCUGGCAUUGAAAGCACAACCUUUAUUGAUCAAGAUCUCAAAAUUUGGGGGUAAACUUAUGUCAGCUUCAUCUGUGCCUGAGGUUCAAUUGUCUCAGUACAUUCCUGCUUUGGAAAAAUAUGCUACCCUGAGGUUGCUGCAGCAGGCAUCUCAAGUGUAUCAUACAAUACAAAUUGAAAACUUAUCUAGAAUGGUCCCUUUCUUUGACUUCACUGCUGUUGAAAAGAUUUCAGUGGAUGCUGUUAAGCUUAACUUUGUUGCCAUUAAAAUUGAUCAUAUGAGGGGUGCUGUAUACUUUGGCAAACAGAGUAUUGAAUCAGAAGGCCUUCGAGAUUACUUGUCUGCCUUGGCCGAGUCCUUGAGGAAAGCAAGGGUAAUGAUCUACCCUCCUACGGAAAAAGCUGCAAAACUUGGAGAUGCAGUUAUUGGGUUGACAGAAGUAGUUGAGAAAGAACACAAGAGACUUCUUGCUCGGAAGUCAAUCAUUGAGAAGCGCAAGGAAGAUCAAGAACGGUUGCUCCUUGAGAAGGAACGUGAGGAAGAAUUGAGAAGACUAAAACAACAAAAAAUAACUGAAGAGGCUGAGCAGAGAAGACUGGCUGCUGAGUUUGAGGAGCGAAAGAAUCAAAGAAUUCUCAGGGAAAUUCAAGAGAGAGAGCGGGAAGAAGCCCGAGCUAAACUGGAAGAAUCUCAAAAAGGCACUAAAAAGAAGGGGAAAAAACCAAUACUAGAUGGAGAAAAUAUAACUAAACAGACUGUGAUGGAAUAUGUUCUGAGUGAGCAACUCAGGGAGAGACAAGAAAUGGAGAAAAAACUGCAAAAGUUUGCCAAGACUAUGGAUUAUCUGGAGAGAGCUAAAAGAGAGGAGGCGGCACCUCUAAUACAAGCUGCCUUUCAACAGCGGCUAGAGGAAGAGGCUGCUCUCCAUGAACGAGAACAGCAGCAAGAGGUUGAGUUAAGCAAACAACGACAUACAGGCGAUGUUUUAGAGAAGAAGAGGCUGAGUCGCAUGAUGGAGAACAAGAAAAUUUUUGAAGCAAGAAUUAUCAGUCGUAGAGAUGCUGAACAAAGUAGAAUGAAAAGGGAGAGGGAGGAACGCAUUAACCAGAUUAUCCAGUCUCGGAAACAAGAAAGGGAAGCUAAGAGGAAGAUGAUAUUCUUUUUGAGAACUGAAGAGGAGCGUCUAAAUAAGUUGCGUGAGGAGGAGGAAGCUCGUAAGCGUGAAGAAAUGGAGAAGCGCAAGAAAGAAGAAGCGGAGCGCAAGGCCAAACUGGACGAGAUUGCCGAAAAGCAGAGGCAAAGAGAGUUGGAACUUGAAGAGAAGGAGAGGAAGAGGAAAGAACAGCUCCUGGGCAAGUCCGAGCCCGUAGCACGUCUCCCAGAAGCUGCCCCAACUGCCCCAGCUGCAGCAGCACCGGCGCCUACAAAUAAGUACGUGCCCAAGUUCAAGCAGAGGAUGGGGGAAGGUGCAUCCCAGGUGGCGGCACCGGCGGCGGCUCCUCCUCCGGAAACCGAAAGAUGGGGCGGAAGCCGCCAAGAUGACAGGGAGAAGUGGGGCGGUGGCAGCAGGGGAGGAGGGUGGCGCGAUGAUCGUGACCGAAAACCAUUCGGUGCUGGCUCAAGGCCAGGAACAUGGUCCUCUUCUAGGAGCCGUCCAUAACGCCAACUAGUAAGUUGAUACAUAAUUUAUAUGGCACUUCCCAUUUCCCUUAACAAGGCACAAUCAAUCUCUUGAGUUUUUUCAAGAAAUCGGCGUUUAUUCGUUCAAACAUUUUGACAAGUUUUCUUUUGGGCACAUCAGGAGGAAAAUGACAUUUUGUUUCAUGAUUUUAGUCUCAUUGUGACAAGUUUUUCUUAAAUCAAGUUUCAAGGUUCAAACCAAAUGAAAAGAUUAGUGGACUUGUAGCUCUUCCUUGUUUUGGGUCUACCAAAUGUGAGAUUUGACAUUGGUGAGUGGGUAUUGUCUCUCUUAAUAUUUGUCAUUUUAUGUGUGUUUUAGAAUAUGAUCAAAUUUUGGGGGAAUUAGUGGCAAUUUAAGUUUUGAGAAUGACAAUAUCAACACCCUUCGGAUUAGGUUAUCUUUGCUUUUAUUCUAUCCUAAGAUGACAAGUACGUGAAUGCCUUGUAUC